AUGUCCGCACCCCAAAUCCCAAACCUCAACAGCCUCCGAAAAAGGGGAGCUCCAGGUCGCCUCCGAUCUCGUGGUGGCGGGGUCGGUCCCGACGCAUCAUCAGCCUCCAAAGACCGCGUGGUACAAAACACAGAUAACGACGCCAGUGUGUCGCGGCUAAGCGCAGUGCAAUUGGGAUAUAUCGAGGAUCGGUUCGCGCAGCCAUUGACGCCUGCUGGGUUAGAGACGAGGAGGUUCCCUAUUAUCAACAGAGGAACGUACGUUCGAACGACUGCGAUUGAUUGUCUUGUCUCUCAAUUUGUCGAGUCGUAUACAGAACAGCAUGCGAAGAAGCAGAUUAUUUCGCUGGGAGCAGGCACAGACACGCGUGUUUUUCGAUUGUUUUCUUCGACAACACCGCGCUCCGAUCUGGUAUACCAUGAAAUCGACUUUCCAGCCAACACCGCAACCAAGAUCAAGGCUAUCCACUCAUCACCCGCUUUACAAGGAGCAUUAAGGAAUGCCUCUAGCCCCGGGGUACCAAACGACAUAGAGAUCUCAGAUACCGGAGACGCACUCCAUUCACCCCGCUACCACAUCCACCCCCUCGACCUACGCUUACUAUCCAAGUCCACACCGGACCCAAUCCCCACGCUCCAAGACAUCGACCCAGCCCUCCCAACCCUCCUCAUCUCCGAAUGCUGCCUCAUUUAUCUCCCCCCCGACCAAGCAGACUCCGUCGUCCACCACUUCACAACCACCAUCUUCCCACCAACUACACCGUUGGGUCUGAUAAUCUACGAACCCAUCCGCCCCGACGACCCCUUCGGCCGGAUAAUGGUAUCCAAUCUCGCAACGCGGGGUAUCCAUCUGCAGACGCUGAAUAAGUACGCUAGCUUGGAGACGCAGCGGAGGAGGCUACAAGAACAGGGUUUCCAGGGGGGGCAGGCGGCUGCUGAUAUUGAUUUUAUAUGGGAGCGGUGGGUGAGUGAGGAGGAGAAGGAGAGGGUUGCAGGUUUAGAGAUGUUGGACGAGAUGGAGGAGUGGAAGUUGUUGGCGGGGCAUUAUUGUGUUGCUUGGGGAUGGAGGGGGGAGGUGUUUGAUUGUUGGGGGGAUGUUCAAGAGCAGGAAUAG